AUGCGACUCGAGGCGACGGGGGAUCACAACUACGACACGCAAGCGCCUGUGGAGGUGGCGUCGUCGCACGCCGCGGUCAGAGACCCGAACGCGUGGAGCGCGGACGGCGUGCUGAUCGCCUUUCACCGCACGCCGCGGGCGCUGCAGAGCGAACCGGCGUGGGGCACGGAAGAGGGCGGGACCGCGGCGAAGCUCACCGGGAGCGACGUCAGGGACACGGGCGCGCAGCUGAAGUGUUCGUUCGGCUCCACCGUCGUCGUUUCCUCCGGGUUAAUGAGCGUGAAUCACCUGGAGUGCGUCUCCCCCGCGCACGCGCCGUCGCGGGACGGAUAUCUCCCCCGCCUCGGCGUCGCCGUGAACGGGCGCGACUUUUCCCCGGAGAUUUCCCACGCGUUCGGUCCUCUGACGUUCACGUACGGCGCGCGGAUCGAGGUGUACGGGCUUCAGCCGAAUUACGGCCCGAGCGUCGGCGGCACCUCCGUGAUCGUGCACGGGAAGAACUUCGUCCCCGCGGUGGACCUCAACGCCAAGCCGACCUUCACGUGCCGGUUCGGUUUCUUCCCCGUGCUCGCGUCCAACGCGCUCGGCGAGGAAGUCACCGCGACGACGGCGACGUGCCGCUCGCCGCCGCACGCGGUCGGGUUCGUCUCCGUGGAAGUAUCCGCGGGCCCGGGGAACUUCACGACGUUCGGCGUCGUGUUCGAGUUCCAGGCUGCGCACGAGCCAGAGGUUUUGUUCCCGCCCACAGGGCUCGCGUCCGGCGGGACGCUCGUCACCGUCGCGGGCGCGAACUUUAUCGCGUCGAACCAGCAGUGGGGGUACGGCCACGGGAACACCGCGCAGCCGGGCAGCGGCGGCGGGAUUUUCCUCGGCUCCGGGUCCGACGCGAUGAAGGGGAAAGACGCGCUGUCGUGCCGCUUCGGCGGCGUCGGCGCGUACACCGUCGGCGCGAGCGCCGUGUCGAGCGCGGUUUUGCGAUGCGAGACGCCGACGUUUUCCGACGCCGCCGUCGGACGUUCGUUGUCCGUGGACACGUCCACGAACGCCGGGGAGGACUUCACCGGGUCGCAGACGUACUUCGAGCCUCUCGCGGAGGCGCUCGUGCUGUCGCUGUCCCCGCCCGCGGGCACGAGCGGCGGCGGCACGGUCGUCAACGUGUUCGGCGCUGGGUUCACCGUGGACGAGCCGGUGUGGUGUAAAUUUGGCACGACGGGGCCGAUACCCGCGGAAUACCACGCGGAGAACAUCGUGCGGUGUAAGUCCCCGGCGAAGGCGACGAACAUGGCGGUGCCCUUGGAGGUGUCGAGAGGGAACACGUUCGAUUUGACGAGGAACAACGUCAUCUUCUCGAUAUAAACUAGUCUAGACUAGCUACACGACUCCAUCUUUUAGACUGUGAUGAGAGAAACUACAAC